CUGGUCUACAUGCUUAAUUGAAUGUGCCCUGGAGGGAUACUCGGUGUGCCUGCGUCUGGCUGUGCACUCUAAAUAUAAAUUCUAUUUGGUCAAGCAUAAAGCUACUUGGUGUCUGAAAUAUAUUUGGUUUCGCCACUUUGGCAAGCACGUCCAAUGCCGAGGCACCCUCCCAGCCAGUCUUUUCCCCAGACGCACUCGGCUCAAAUUUACCCCCACAUGCAAACACCUAUCUCGGAAGAGGCAAGCAAGACAAGGUACAGGUAAGCUCGGGCUAAGGUACCUUAGUACCCCAUGGUAAUGUAUGCUUUGAUCAAGAUCAAACGUCCCUGAUUCUCAAAAACCAUCCUAACCUCAUUACGCAGCUGGCUUGAAUAUUUGCGUUGCUUCUACUCCUUUACCCGUAGGCUCUUUUUUUGAAAAUGAAAAUUUCCGGUCGCACAUUUGUCAUUUCGGGCGGCGCGUCCGGGCUCGGCCGAGCUUGCGCCGUAGAUCUAGUCGCCCACGGCGCAAACGUCGCCGUGCUCGACAUCAACCCAGAGCUCGGCGACAGCUUGGUCAAAGAGCUCGGUGCCGAAAAGGCUCGCUUCUUCACUGUAGAUGUCACCGACUCCGGGUCGAUAGGGAAGGCCGUCGAGGGCUCCGCAUCAUGGGCAAAGGAGACCGGGAAGCCUUUUGGUGGCGUCAUCCCCGCCGCCGGCGUCGGCUUCCCAGGACUGAUUCUGGACUCCAAGAAGAAUCCACUUUCAUUAGACUCGUUUGAUCUCGUUGUUGCCAUCAACCUUCGGGGCACCAUCGACCUCGUUAGGCAAUGCCUGCCCCAUAUCGCAGCUGCCGCCGCCGAUGGUCCUGACGGCGAGCAUGGAGUCGUCAUCAUGAUCUCCUCAUCGGCAGCAUUUGACGGUCAAAUGGGACAGACGGCCUAUGCAGCCUCCAAAGGUGCCUUGGCGUCGGCCGCCCUGCCCAUGGCUCGUGACUUGUCUAGGCACGGUAUCAGGGUUGCCGUCAUUGCCCCGGGCAUGUUUGAGACAGCUAUGACGGCUGCCAUGUCGGAUAAGGUCCGCAACGGCUUGGAGAAGACGCUCGAAUUUCCCAAAAGGGGUGGCAAACCGGACGAGUUCGCAGGCCUGGUCAGGCAUAUUAUUGAAAACUCAAUGCUCAAUGGCGUUGUAGUGAGGCUAGACGGCGCAGCCCGCAUGCCCAGCAAACUGUGAGUCUACAUAAUGUGGGAAUGAUUGUAAGGGUGUGUUUUUACAUAGAAAUCGCAAGUUCUUUUGGCUUAUAAAAAAGCCGUUAAUUGUCGCAAACAACCGACUCGCCAAAAAAAGAAAUGUUAAGAAAACGAGAAAAGACCUUCGCCAAACUCAGCACAGGAUUUGUAGAAGCGAAGACAGAUUUCAAAGUCAACUUCAGCCAAACCAGUACCGCA